AUGUUGCUACUGCGACAAAAGCGGCCGAAUGCCGACAAAGCGGCAGAAAGAGGCGCCGUUGUCGGCGAGGAUCCGAGGGAUCCCCAUCCCGGCCAUGCCAAUAGCCAUCUCCGAGAGCCUUGGUCCUCAACCCCUGGUCCCCUGCACCACCCUAGACCACCCUGCACCACCAGCACUUUCCUGACCCAACCAUCUUUGGCAUUGCGCUGGCGCUCGACAUCUCAUAAAGUACAUGACAGGACAUUAGAAAACACAAGAGCACCAGCGAAGCCGACGCCUCCACAUGAGGAGCAGGAACAUGAAGUGGAGCCGGAGGCGGAGGCGGGUGGCAUGGGGGGCGUGGCCCAUGCAAAUUUUGCACCACCACCAUCGUCGUCUCGUCAUCAUCUGCAUUUGGCCAGCGAGGCGGGCGAACGUUUGUCGUAA